AUCCUGGACUCGUCUGCAGCUCUGAUAAAUGAUUUCUUUUUAAUGCUUCGAUGGACUCAACUUAACGGAGCCGUCGCCGUCGCCAGUCUCCAGUCUCCAGUCUCUCCUAUCUCUGAAUCAUCUGGAUGAGAUGAAUGGAGCAGAGGACAGUGAACGGUGGGAGCCGCACAACCACCACGACAACGACGACAACAACGACGACAACAACGACGACAACGACAACGCUGAUGAUGGCCAAGGAUAAGAGCCAGGAAUGGGAGCACUCUUGGCUUGUGCAGGAAAGGGAACCAAAAACAAAGACAACGAGGAAUGUGAACCAAGUCCAGAGACUGCCCCCAAAGAAUGCUACAACUCUAAUUUCCUAAUUUAAAGGUAAACCAAAAAAAAAUUUAAAAAAACAUCUGGCAACUUUGGUGGGUCUACGAAAACGCCGAAAUAGCAAGGCAACCAUACAAAAUGUGCUCGUCACAUUUUUUUCACAAUUGACAAUUGACAAGCUUCUGGAAAGUUCGGGGACUAUAAAACGAGAAUUUUUUGCGUUGCAUUAACGACUUCAGUUCGAGUGAAUUUUUUUUUAAAUAAAAACUUAAAUUCAAACCUAAAGAAGAAUUUGUGGACAGAACCAUGGGUCAGCUGUUGAGUGUUAUGAAAUCGAAUGUAGAGCGGGCUGUACAUACCUUGCCCACCAAGCGCAGGUACAUCGAGGUGGACAACAGCAACGACAACGACAACGACAACGAUAACGACAACGACAACGACAACGACAACGAGGAUUCGGAUGAAGAGGUUGCAGCAACAACACCACCUCCACCCAAAAUCCGAAGGCUCGAGUAUGCUUCAAAGUACAUAUAUGAGAAACUAUUUUGCGAAGGCAAAGACUCCGAUGUGGCCAUCGUAGCACUGGGUAAAGUAUGGAAACUCCACAAGCUAUACCUACGACAGAGCAAAUACUUUGAUGUAACCUUCAAUGGAUCGUGGCGCGACUCAUAUCAAAGCGUUUUGCACUUAAGAAUUACCGAUCCAAAUAUUACCCAAAGCAGCUUGAAUGCCGUUUUGGGAUCGUUGUAUUGUUCUGAAAUCGAUAUGAAUAUGUCGACAUUGAUCAAUAUACUGGCGACAGCACGUUUCCUACUCUUGGAUGAUCUUGUUGAGAGAUGCAGCGAGGAGAUGAUUGAUGCCAUUGCCCCGGAAACGGGGGCAGCAUUACACAAUGCCGCCUGUAUGUAUGAAUUGACAGACUUGAAGAGCUUGACCUUUAAAUGGCUUCUACUCAACUUAAUUAUCGUUCAUGGGAGUCGACCAUAUUUGCUAGGACAGAUCUCAAUUGAUCUAAUGACUCAACUUGUUUGGCAUCCCGAUUUGUAUAUAACCCAGGAGAUGGCCCUAUAUUGUACACUCCGUACAUGGAUUUAUGUGACUUUAAAUCCGGAUUUUAUAUCAAAAUUAAGCAAUGGCAAUCAAAGUGAAUUAGUCCAUAUGCUCGAAGUGGAUGUCCUUCAGAUGAAGUUCUUCACUAGCCGAAAAAUGGAAUCAGCAUUCUUGAACUCAUACGAGGGUCGUCAAUUUUUGCCCAUCUUUCAGAAAUUGCGAAUACAACAUUUGGCCUACGACAUUAUUAAUCUCGAAAUAAUCGUUAAAGAUAAUAUUUUGCCAAAGGAAUGGCUUAGCAAUGUCAUCCGCAAUCAUUGGGUAACAUGUUUGCGUAUCGAUCAGGGUAUGGGAAAUUGCACACCACAUGAUAUGGACUAUGCGGAUUUCUUGGGAACGAGUAUGAGAUUUGGGUACCUGAUCGACGAUCCACAUUUUCAUUCAUGGGUAUGGGAUGGUUUUCGCUUUGGUAUGCAUAUCAAUGUUACCCUAAUUAAUAAGAGAUUAACCAUAAGGCGUCUAUAUCGCGACAAUCACAAUCACUUUCGCACUCUAAAGCCAAAUAUGAAGUUUCUAAUCCGUACUCGGGUAACCUCGAUCAAUAAUGAGCGUCAUGGUCUAUUGUCUCAGACAACGGAGGUGGUGAUGAUAAAUCUAUAUAAGAAUCAUCCACAUAACCUUAUGACCUUGCAUCCGAAUUUAACAUUUCCAGUGCUAGUUGGACUUAAUAUUAUGGUUGUGACGCCCGAUAGCGGUAUUUUGAAUGACGAUUCAAUAAUCAUUGAUGAACGUUUACCCAGCGUUUUUAUCGAUAAUGAUCAAAGUGAUGAUGAAGAUGAUGACGAUAAUGUUGCUGAUAAUGCUGAUAAUGCUAAUAAUGCUAAUAAUGACAACGAUGGUGAUAAUGACGUUAAUGGGAUUUAUGCUGAUGAAAUGACUGAUACUGAUGAUGAUGAUGAUGAUGAUGAUGACGAUGAUGUUGUUGAUGAUAAUGAUGAUUAUUAUGAUAUUGCUAAUGAUAUUAGAGGUUUUCAGAAUUUUGUUAUUAAUCAGAACUAUCAGGAUUUCGAUCAAAAUGAAUUUGAUGAUAAUUAUUUGGAUGAUAUUGUUAACCAAAAUGACGAUGGCAUUUAUGAAUACAAUGAGUGAGUGAAUAUGAUAACAAUGAUAAAGAAGAAGAACCCCUACUAGGGUUACCCCUACUAAUAACUAACAAGAACACCCACAACCCACCCAAGGAUUCUCCAAUUCGCCAAAGACAAUCCAAAAUAAUUAAAUUAUAAAAAAUAUGUUUUAAACUAACUUAUAUGUUUGCCUUAAUGAAAAUCUACACUCAACAUACAAAUUUAUUUAUUCAAAUAAAUAAUAUUCAAAAAAACACACAAUUACAAUUUUAAAAACUUUUCUCAUUUCUCAUUGAAAAGGAUAGGAUAUCGCUUAGGAUCGCUUUGUGUGGCAAGGCAAGCCAGGCAGCUUCUGGUCAAAAAGGUGAAGGCAAGGCAAGGCAACACAUUCGCCUGCUCAUACACGCACAGCAGUCAUAGAAAUACCACAAAAACCACAAAAUAACCAAAGACAUUUCAACAUGCAUCCAACCACAGCAGUUUUCCCACUCGCCUGGCUUUUCUUUUGUUACAUUUUCAUAGAGAGAGAGAAAAGG